UCGGGCUCUUCACGUGAUCCUUCCACACUGGUCAUUCUUAUAUCCUUCAUAAUAGCGAUCGUCGAGACAUUGUUGCCACAAUGAGCCAACGCGCACACACGUUCCGUGCGUCGCGUACGUCGCGUGUGUCCGGGAAUUACAUGGCUUCUCGACCUCCUCUCGCAGCGGCGCCGGCAACGUCAAGUCAACCUCCUCGCCAAAGAGAAAGUAUAGUCGUCGUUAUAAGUGACGACGACGACGACGACGAGCCCACGCAAAGACCAAAAUCUUCAGCCCCGGCCCCAGCCGGGCGUCAACCCCCAUCCAUCGUUGAUCUCACCGGCGAAACAUCAUCUCGGUCCCCUUCGCCGCCUCGAAGCCGGCCUGCAGCCGAGGCAGCUCCAAAAGGACCCGUCCCUAGGAUACGAUCUCCACUGACACGUUCUCCCUUACCUCCACUCACUAGAGCCUCCUCUCCGGAUGAGCAAGCACCCCCGCCUCUACCUCCACUUACGAGGGACUCAUCCCCAGACGAUCCGGCGCACAGGGUGCGAGAGGAAGUGGCUACCAAACAGGCUUCUAGUCCCCAAAUGAAAGCCUCGCCGCCGUCACUUCAGAAUCAGCGAAAUCAAGAUCAGCGGAAGGAAACGCCAUCUUCGAGACGGCAGACAGCAAGACAGAAGCUGCGCCCUUCAACACCUCAACUCUCAGACGAGAAUGAUGACGAAGACGACGAUGGUCCUUUGCCCCAGAACUUCCAACCAUCCCCAAGCACCCCUUCAAAGCAAGCUUCUUCGCGUGGCCACCGAAAGUCGCAGAAAUCUGCAGAAUCCUCUAUUAACUCUUCAUCCCCUUUAUUCACCCGCCUGAAACAGCGAAGAAAUAGUCCACAAGUUAAUGGGACUGCCAAACCUCGCGGUGAAUCACCAAAGGAGACGCUAUCACGACGGACUGUGUCCAGUGAACACAUUUCUCAUGAAGAUCCACUAACCCAAGAAGAGCUCGAAACCUCGCUUGAAGCAUUCGAAUCAAAAUUGAAGGAUGGGCAUGCCUUCGGCAUGAGAUGGCUUCUACAGGACGUUAGGGAGACUCUUGCCGAUAGAAAAUCAUCGUUCUUUGAAGCCCCAUUUGUCGAGAAGGCUGGAUUCUCCCCGUGGGCUUCUGAAUCGGGGGUACAGGUUGGGCCAGGGCAACCCACUGGCGAUGCCCCUCAUGUUGAUAAACUAGAUUCUUUUGUCAUGGCCAAGAGUCGGCUUACCAAGACGAGAAGCCAGUUGAUCGGGAGUCUGAUCACCACAGAUCUUCCCCGUGUUCCUAAAUACUACUCUCAUACUAACGUGAAGCGAAACAUUCUCACGGCAGACGAUGAGAAGCUUAAAUUUAUUCCUUUCUUGGGAGAUUAUCUUGGGCAGGGGGCCGCCAAAAAGCAAGAGGGUCACAAGCGACUUCUUAAAGAACUAGAGGAAGCUUAUAGUGCUACUCGUAUCUCAUCUAGUCGGGAGACAGAAAGAGCAUCGUCCCUCAGAUCUCAUCUUGAUACAUGGCUGAAAGAGCUGAAGGUGGAUUGCAAUCAACAAGACCUCACCCAACAUAUACUCGAAGACGACGACAGUUGCGCAGAACUUCGUCUGAAGCCUCGGGACCGAAAAGCACUACUCACUUCUUUUGGAGGCAAGCUGCCUCUUAAGGUGAUUGAAUCAGCGGCCAUGUUUUGUGAAGCUUUCCAAAACGUCUUUGGCAUGCCACUUCACGAUGUUAUUCUUCCAAGCGAACGAGUGAAGGAGAUGACCGAGGCAGCAGGGAAGCCUGCCUCCAAAACACCCGAGAAGCCAUUAAAUGCCCCAGCAGAUCGGCUCGAGACAUAUACGACUCUUACAUGCAUGCUUUGCGGAGCUGUUGAUUGUCCAACGCAUGGCGAUUACCAGCAAGAGGAGGUGAAACGAAGCGAGGACGAGGACAGCGAUGCAAGUGAAGCUAUAGAAAAGAGAGACGUCGAAUGUGUUUAUUUCCGCCAACCUUUAAUUCUAGAAUACGGAGCAAUGGUUCGGAGAUACGAGAUUCGAAGGGCGAAUAAACCAGCAGAAUUAGAAGACGAAGGGAGGGACAAACACAGAGCGCCGUGUUCAGACAAAUGCUACACACUCAUUGACUAUUCGGAUAAAGAGUAUGAGUGGCAUCAAAAUGAAAUUGAUGCCCUACCUCAAAUGCUCUUGAGUCUGACCAACAAAGAUCGACGAUCUUGCACCAUUGCAUUUGCAAUGGACCGGCCUUGCUGGCAGGUUCACAGCGAAAUCGCAGCUUAUGAAGCAGAGAGCCCUUAUAUCCCAAAGGAUAAUCUAGAAUCAACAGCCCGGGCAAAGGCGCCAAAUUGGUACGACAACAAACGCAAAGUUCUCAAAGGCGACUGGCAGGACUUAACAACAGCUCAUCUCCAUCAAGAGAGAGCCCAAGCGAAUCCUUGUGGUCACGAAGGUCCUUGUACAAAUAUCUGCCCGUGCUUCCAUGCAAAUCUCCUUUGUGAGAGCUUCUGUGGCUGUCCUGAUGACUGCCCUCGGAAGUUCACUGGCUGUGCGUGCCCUUCCUCAGGAAUUUCCUGUGUAUCUGAGUCCUGCAUCUGUAUCCAGAUGAACAGAGAAUGCGGGCCACAAUGCGGGACCUGCGGUGCAAUCGACAGGAUCAACCCCGCCAAACGUCACAACGAUGACCUCUUCAGAACCGGCUGUCAGAACAUCGUGCUCCAGCGUGGGGUAGCCAAGAAACUCGUGAUGGGUGAGAGCCAGCUUGAAGGCGUUGGCUUCGGAUUAUACGUUGUGGAGCCUGUUCAGAAGGGUGACUAUCUAAGCGAAUAUGCUGGCGAGGUCGUCUCCUCCGCGGAAGCAGAGCGCCGCGGCAUCAUCUACGACCGCAAAUUUCUCUCCUUCCUCUUCGACCUCAACGGCGACUGGGUCAUCGACGCCGCGCGCUACGGCAACAAAACGCGCUUCAUAAACCACGCUGACAACGAGAAAGACGGCCUGAACUGCGAAGCUAAAAUCGUGCUCGUCAACGGCGAGCAUCGGAUCAAAUUUGUCGCUCUUCGUGACAUCAACGUCGGCGAAGAACUGCUGUUCAACUACGGCAAGAAGUUUGCCGAGAAGCACGGCCUUAGCAAGAAAUUGCCGAAGGUUAAAGAGGGCGGUAAGAAGGGCGUGCUGGUGGGCGAGGAGGCGCUGGAUGCUCUUGACGGGAUGGAUUCCAGGAAGAGGGACACGAGGGGCAAGAUGAGUGCUAUCCGCGGGGGACGGGGGAAGGGGAAGGGGAAGAUGCGGAAGACGGCUGUAGUGCCCGAGCCGGUUGAGGAGAUGGAGGUCGAUGGGGAUGAGCCGGAGCCGGAGCCGGAGCCGGAUGAAGAAAUUUACGGUGAUGAGGAGAGUGACGAGGAUGAAGAUGCGAGGGAUGGGAGCUCGCGGAGGCGGCGGAGGAUUACGAGACCGGCGAGAUAUACGCGCUAGUGUCAACGAGGGGAGCUGCGGGUAAGGGCAAGGUGGAGGGAGAGAAAAUCGGGGUUACUGUUGUAAUGAGGGACGUUUUGGUUAAACAUGUACAUCAUCUUGCGAGCAAGCUAUCUUUCUUUCUUUGUGUCUUCAGCCUGAGACC